GUUUUAUUUGUUAAAACUUUUCUUACAUAUUGGAGUGUGUUUUGUGGGGUUGUUUUUUUCGUAAUUUCUUCGAGGAUCGCUUUUUGCUGGCGACAAUGAGUGAGUCUUGCUGUGAUGACAGCAUUGACUGCUUCUCAUAAAGACGUAGGCCGAUAUAGACGGGAUCGUUGUAAUUGCGUUCAUCGUCCUGGUGCGGUGACGUCCGAAGGUCUCCGUUGGGUUGCAUGCUUCACUUGCACACCCCCCCCCCCCCACUCCCCACACGCGUGAGAGCAGCAGCGCCACGGCCCCACUUUCUGAGCUUCCUUCGGGUUUGUGGAGCUUGCUGAUGCUGUUGCUGGUGGUGUCCUCGAGCAAGUAUAGUGAACGAUAAGGUAAUGGGCUUUGCGGGUGCUUCUGUUAUCUGUACUCGGGUACGGAUUUAGAGGUUUUCUAUGCUACGUUUUCGAGGCGGGUUAAUCGAAAUUGGGUUUGGGCAGCGAGUUUGUGCUGCAACAGGAGCCUUCGGUUUCGUUUUCCGUCUCUUGGAGUAGGUGGAUUGGUUUUACCAUGGGAGAGUGUGCGCUUGUCAUGAAGUUGUGAGCGAGAAACGCGUGUUUGAAUUGAUCAACGGGGUACGCUAUUAGCUAUUAGCUAUUAGUGUUGAGAACAAGUAUUACACAAAAUGGGUAGUCGGAGAGAAGAUGAGAAAAAUGAAGCCACCAUCCGACGUUUGCUCAAGAUCCCGGAGAACAAAAGGUGUAUCAAUUGCAACAGUUUGGGUCCUCAAUAUGUAUGCACAACUUUUGCUACCUUCGUCUGCACACAAUGUAGUGGUAUCCAUCGAGAAUUUUCACAUCGUAUAAAGUCAAUUUCUAUGGCAAAGUUUACUGCAGCAGAAGUUGCCGCUCUGCAAGCUGGUGGUAAUGAGCGAGCUAAGAAAACUUUCUUUCGGAGUAUGGAUCCAGAUCGGAUGUAUCAUUCUGAUAGUGGGAGCCUAGAUAAGCUGCGGGAUUUCAUCAAUCGAGUAUACGAGAAGAGGCUUUACACAGGGGAUAGGCCUCGUACUGUUCAGCAGGAGGUAACUGCUGUGGAACUGCGCCGGCCUGAUAUAAAGGUGGAACGGCAACCUGAUUUUCGAAGCCUUUCUUUGGAUGACCAUGUGGCUUCCAAGGAGUCAGUCAAUAGACUGAAACCAGACACCAUUCGAAAUUCUGUUGAUAAUAGGAUCAGUCCCAAGUAUGUAGGUAGUCCUCAAGCAGUUCCACGGCCAACUCGUCUCAGUUAUGAUGAGAAUGAAGAAAAGUCUCCCAAAAGUAACGGUAGUCGAGACAGGCGCAACUCGUCUCGACCAUUCAGCUUAAGAGAUUUUGACAUAACACCUCCUCCUGCUCAGUCUAUUACAGACAUUCUUGGAGACAUUCCAGGAUUACGAAUUGAAGUUUAUAAAGUUCCCAAAGGGGAGCACCCACCCGAUCAUUCCAAGGGAGCUGCAGUUGAUGCGCGCAACGCAAUGCAGUCUCAGAGUUUUAGAGCUGUAGGAAAUGAUACGGUGACUCCAGCUCCGGAUCAAAAAAGAGUAAUCUCAGCUAGCUUAAUAGACAUGAAUGGAGAAACUGAAGCAACACCAGUUUCACGUGGAAUAGAUGACCCGUUUGUAGAAACCUCUCAGGUUUCACCGUCGACCAGUGACAGUUGGGCCAUGUUCAACACAUCCUCCUCCUCGCCAGCACGACCUGGUUAUCCCGCCUCUAAAAGUGAGAUUAGUCAAUCAGUUGACCCUGGAUGGGGUCAACAGUCGAGCAGCUUGGAUUCUUGGUCUAGCUUCGGAACACCAAGUCCACAGGCGGCCUCUAAUCAGGAACAUUUUACCGCGACACCCUUAAGUGUAUCUCAAAACAUAUCAGGUGUUGUGCAACCUCAAAGGCAGAGACGCGAGCUUCCUAAAGAUUUUUUUGCGCCUUCGUUUGAAGAUGUUCGUCAGAUCAACUUGGAUAUGCAUAGACCCCAUCAGAUGCAGCCUGCAUUCCGUCCCCCGCAAUUAGAUGCUCCCUUCGAGUCUUUUUACAAUAUGCCUCCUUCAACAUCAUUUCAAACCCAAGAUCUGACUCAAUUUCAGUUUUCACCCCAAAUGCAACCGCAACCAGUAGAGUCAUCUCAGCAGAUGCAAUCGCAGCUACCAACUUUCACACAAAGGUCUCGAAAUCCAUUUGAUGACGAUUUUGAGGACAACUCUUCAAGUGUGAUCUCGAGUGCCACUACUGGUUUUAGCAUGCAGUUUCCAAACAUGGAUUCACUGCGAGAAGCGCUAUCCCCAGCAAUGUCUAUGAGUAGUGGGGUUUCUACUACGGGUGCUGUUCCACAGAACUUACCUACCAAUGUGGCUUCAAAUGAAUUUGGACAUUCCUUCACACAGCUUCAUAAUAAUUUUUCCCCUUCAGGGGCUUUCAACUUCAGCCCAAAUCAGUCCAUAUCAUCUUUCCAGAUAUCUCCCGAGCAGCCUAAUGUUUCUGGAGGGUACGCGUCCACGCACAUCUCUGGUCAGGAGGGUCCCUAUUCCAGCAACCAAUUUUACUCGCAAAACAUCGUUCGUCCGGCUGGUGGCGGUAAUCCCUUUGGUUAAUAUACCAGCCUUUCGUUGUGGGUGUCAAUGAUCCCUCGGCAUUCGACUCCUCGUCAAAGCGAAGGAGCAUAGUCAAACACUUUGUGCUCCUUUUUCACGCAUCUUAGAAUUAAAAGUACUGGAGCUGUAUUCGAUCAGCAGUAGAUGAAGGCUUGUAUUUUUCUGGAGACUGUUUUCUCUUUUUAUUGUUAAAGCUGGACAGUUCUCAACGUCGAUGAAAGGUUUAAAUAUAGAUAUGACAGGGAUGACCCAUCUGAAGAUGGUAUGCGUUGUAGGCGACACUUGAUUGCUUAUUCUCUAAGAUGACACGUGUCUCUGUGAGAUAUAAUGUAUUUGAGGAUGAGCUGCCUCGUCAGCCUGAUGAUUGUUUAUAAUUUAGAAAAAAAAUCAAACAUCCGCUGCAAAUAUGGUACGCAAAUUUCAUCAUUA